UUCUGCUGCUGCCGCUACUGGUUGGUGUUUGAAGUAGAAGCCAAGACAAAGCCCGGGAACCAUGUCUACUUCAACAUCCUUUGCAUUGGGUUCCCACCAGUGAUCUCGUCCUGACCUGCAGUGGCAGCACCCUCACCCAUGGUCGUCAUGGAGGCAACCGCCGCGAGCCGCGCCGAGGUCGACACCUCCCGGCCGUUCCAGUCGGUCCGGCAGGCCGUCGAGGCCUUUGGAGAGAGGUACGCCGGUGGUGGCAACAACAGAAGCUCCAAUGCGACCAGCGAGUCCAGCGUCAAGCUCAGCGCGCCUCCGGCAGCCUCGUCGUCCAUGGUGCUGGAGCUGGACUGCCUGAAGAAGCUGGAGGAAGACCUGGAGGAGGCCAAGGGCGAGCUGGUGGAGCUGAGGCAGAGGCAGGCCCAGAUGGAGGGGGCCAUGUCCAGCCUGAGCGCGCAAUUCAGCAGGGGCCUGGCCGUCUUCUCCGGCCUCGGCAAGGGGAAGGAGGUGGCCGGCGUAGGCACGCCGGCGGCGGCUGUCGGAGAAGACGAGUACAGUGGCCACGGCCGGGUCCGCAGCGACCGGUGGGACGAGAGCCGGGGCGAGGAGUGGAUGGCGAGCCUGGAGUACCUGCCGAGCCUGUCGGAGGCGCUAGCCAUCAAGAUGAUCGAGGACGACCAGGAGGGAGACGGGAAGGGGAGGAAGACCAAGAACAACAAAAACGAGGCAGCCAGGAAGAAGCACAAGAAGCAGAGAAGUGGGAUCUCAUUGGUUGGGGGUAUGUUGUGCUCCAAGAAAGCCAAGUCCAGGUGAUCAACACAUACUUAUACCGGUUUUCCAAAAAAAACACAUAAUUAUACCAGAGAUGUUUUUUUAUAUAUUUGUGUUGACAACAAAUUUUUUCCUACCUUAAUUUUUGCUGAAGAAUAGAUGUAGUCUGCCUCAUAAGCUGCAUUGCGCAGCAGUUGCCGGUCUGGAACACGGGAAUUUCGCAAGGAUUUUAUGGUAGCAAUGCUGCAUGGAGCGAUUUGUUUGGCUCCUAUAGAAAGAAAUCCUGCGAAAUUCCCGGUUCUUGAUGGAGAGCUGGCCCAAGGGAAUUUUGAAGUUGAUGCUGCCUUGUAAUACCAAGUUGAUGUUUGUGCUAGUAGUUGGUAGGAGAGGUAUGA